GUUUUUUUCUGACUCGCUAGAGCGAGGUUUUGUCAACCGCGCUUUAAGGACUCGGGCGAAAUCCCUUCUGCCCCUGGUUGGUUCUGGCUGGACAAAAGCUCUGGGUCGGGAGAGAAACCGCAGCUCCGAAGGAAUGCAGCGAGGAGCAGAGCGAUUUGCGGAGCCAGCUUGGAGCCGCGUCAGAACGCUCGCGCUUCGGGCCGGGUGCUGGCGCGUGUUUACAGUGACAAAGAGUAUUUAUAAUAUCAGGGGCUCUUUUAAUUCCUCUGAGAAUAUCUGGAGCCGCUGCUUGGAGCUGUUGUAACUGAGUAAUGGAAGAUAAAAAGCAAACAGAGGAAGGAACAGUGGGUUUUUCAAGUUGAAAGGUCCUGCUUCUCUCAACCAAUAUCCUAAUAUUGUUGGCCUGCCAGCGAAAUGCUCUGGCUCCUUCUCACCUUCUAGGUUACUUCAUCUGGCUGCUCUGCUGUACGUAGCAUCUAAGAAAGUAUUGUAUAAAUCCUCAAAGCAUCUGCGCGAUUCCAAAUAUCCCGGGGAACAAACAGCAUGAUAUUAAGGAGAUGGGCUAGCAAAAUCAGUAGUUAUAACAUUACUUUCUGUGUAAGGGAAAUAGCCAAAAUACAGUUACUGGGCUUACUUCUGAAGAAAGCCCUAAAGCCUGCUCCACAAAUGCUCCUAAAAUGGAAAUAGUGCGCUCUUGCCGCUUGGGGAGCGCUGGGUGGGUCGUGGGGGCUGAGCAGAGUCUUUUAAGACUCUCCCAGUGAGUAAAGAGCUCUUGCGGUACGGAGGAGACACCUCCUGAGAUGGGUGAGACCAGAUGAGCUUAAACUGAAGCAAGACAGUCCAACAGCAGGAGAAACUUCCAAACAGCAAGGGAAGUGCAGGAAUGGCUCUGCGCGUUGGCCCAGGUGCCUGUCCGACCUGUCCUUUGAGACCUCCAAACGGCUCUCAAGGAUAAGACGGGCAGAAGUCAUCCCAAGGCGGGGAUUUACUCGGCUUCUCAGAUCCCGGCUAACCAGAACAUUUAUCUUGCAAUAAACGUUUCAGAUGUUCCAUCGCCUCCUUGGGCUUCAAUGAAUAAAGCAAAAUACUUGAUGAGAUGCAAAGUCGGAGCAAUAAGCGCUGUAUCCCUGGCAAGGGGACGCUGCCGGCAGGAUGCUGCUGCUGCUUGGGCCCCGUCGCAGGCUGCGGCAGAAGCGUCCCUGGGCACUGGGAAGGGAGGAAUAGCAUGCCACGCCGUCCUUGGCUGGAAGCGCUCUGUGCUUUUGCCCUCUGGACUCCAAGAAGCCUUUUUUUGGUGAACUGAACCCUGGUCUCCUGUUUCUUUGCUGCAUGCCCGCUCGCAACUGCUGGAUUAUGUUCGUCUCCUUCUCCCUGUGCUCCAUAAUUUGGCUGAAUCGUGGCUUCAAGUUAAGGAAAAGGGGCUGCACUUAAGCGCGCAGGGCCAGCCCGACGAGGCUCCUGGGGCCCCGGUUCCCGCAGAGACGUUCAGAGCGCUGAUGGGGCAGGACCGCCUCUGAGGUGUCUCCCCUCCCGCCCGACGCCGCUGCCUCGCCGUUCAGAGCCGAUCCCGGAGGCAGAGAGAAUGGGCAGCACCGAUGGGUUCCAGUACCGCGCGCUCUACCCCUACUACAAAGAGCGCGAGGAGGACAUUGACCUGGUGCCUGGGGACAUCCUGGUGGUGAGCAAGGGGGCCCUGCAAGCUUUGGGCUUCAAGGAUGGUGACGAGCAGACCCCCAAUCAGAUCGGGUGGAUCCUGGGCGUCAACGAGCGGACCAAGCAGAAGGGAGACUUCCCCGGCACGUACGUGGAGUACGUCGGGCCCGUGAAGAUCUCCGUUCCCUCUCACCGGCCCCGAGUGCAGAGGCCCCUGCCCGCGACGCCCGGGGCCAGCGGGUCCCGUUUGCAGGAGGCUCUGGAGCAAGGGCCUCUUCUCCCGGACCUGCAGGAGCAGUUCAGCCCUCCAGAGAUUGCUCCGCCGCUGCUGGUGAAGCUGGUGGAAGCCAUUGAGAAGAAAGGGUUAGACAGCGAGAUGUUGUACAGGACAUCUGGCUCCGAACUGAGGCAAGCUCUGAAAACCGAUUGGACCCUGGGUGACCUGGAGCCCUUCGACGUGCAUUCCCUGAGCGAGGCGCUGCGAGGCUACCUGCAAGACCUGCCAGCCCCCGUGGUGCCGAUCCCCCAGGCGGAGAAUUGCCGGAAGCAGCUGCUGCAAGUGCUGGAGUCGCCUGCGGUCCCGCUCCAGAACACGCUCACCCUGCAGUUCCUGCUCCGGCAUCUGGGGAAGGUAUCGCUGCAGGCAGAGAGCAACAGCCUCCACCCUCGGGCCCUGGGGGAGAUUUUCGGCCCCCUGCUCCUCCGGCUGCCUGGCGCCAGCCCCGAGCUGAGCCCUGACUUCUCCGUGCUAUUUCUGGAGGUACUUCUGCAAACAAAGGAGUUGGAGCAAGAACAGUUGCCUCCAGCUUUACCUCCAAAACCGCCUAAGCCAAAGCCCAGUGCAGCCAGCCUGGCCAAUGGGAACAGCGUGCCCUUGCAGGACGCCGAGUGGUACUGGGGUGACAUUUCGCGGGAGGAAGUGAACGAGAAGCUACGGGACACACCAGAUGGUACCUUCUUGGUGCGUGAUGCUUCCAGCAAGAUCCAGGGGGAGUACACGCUCACACUCAGGAAAGGAGGCAAUAACAAGUUGAUCAAGAUCUUUCACCGGGAAGGGAAGUAUGGCUUCUCAGAGCCCCUGACUUUUGGCUCAGUGGUGGAACUCAUCACUCAUUACCGACACGAGUCGCUGGCCCAGUACAACGCCAAGCUGGACACCAGGCUGCUCUACCCCAUCUCCAAGUACCAGCAGGACCAGGUGGUGAAAGAGGACAGCGUGGAAGCCGUGGGGGAGCAGCUGAAGGUCUAUCACCAGCAGUACCAGGACAAGAGCUGGGAGUACGACCUGCUGUACGAGGAGUACACGCGCACUUCCCAGGAGCUGCAGAUGAAGAGGACGGCGAUUGAGGCCUUCAACGAGACUAUCAAGAUCUUUGAGGAGCAGUGCCAAACGCAGGAGAAAUGCAGCAAGGAGUACAUCGAGCGCUUCCGGCGGGAGGGCAAUGAGAAGGAGGUGCAACGGAUCCUCAUGAACUCGGAGAAGCUGAAGUCUCGCAUCACAGAGAUCCACGACAGCAAGAUGAAGCUGGAGCAGGACCUGAAGAAACAGGCCUCAGAGAACCGAGAGAUCGACAAGCGCAUGAACAGCCUCAAGCCAGACCUCAUGCAGCUGCGCAAGCUGCGGGACCAGUAUUUGGUGUGGCUGACGCAGAAGGGUGCCCGGCAGAAGAAAAUCAACGAGUGGCUGGGCAUCAAGAACGAGACGGAGGAGUGAGUGUCCCCGCUCGCACGCUGUGGGUUACGGGAUG